CGGCUGAUUCAUGAGAUUAUCGACCCACAUAUGUGUACGUGUACGUGUACAUGUGUUAGAGAUCGAGAGCAGAGCUAGCUUAUAUAGCUAGUUAGAGCACAUUGCAAAUGGCUGCCAUGGCAAACAAAGCUCAGCCUCUCAACGAUGGUGACUGGAUCUGUUCUGACAAGAACUGUGCUAAUGUCAACUUCUCGUUCCGAGCCUCCUGUAACAAGUGUGGAAAAGACAAAGGCAAAGUGGAGUACUUUCAGAAGAAGGGCACUGAGAUUGGCAAGCAGGCGGCCACCAAGAGUGGGGGCCUCUUCAGCGCCGACGACUGGCAGUGCUCAAAGUGUGGGAAUGUGAACUGGGCACGAAGGACCGACUGUAACGUAUGCAACGAGCCCAAGUUUGGAACAAUAGAGCCAAGGACGGGACUGGGUGGAGGCUAUAAUGAAAGAGACGGUGUUGAGUACUUACAGAGAGAAGCGUCUGAUGAUGAGUACGAUGAUUUCGGUCGCAAGAAAAAGAAGAAGAGGAGAGGGUCUUUGGAGCAGGAGAGGGAGGUGGUGAAGGAGACAGUGAGCUCAGAAACCAACGUGCCAAUCGUCUCGUCAACCUCUAUGGAGGAGGAGGAGGAGGAGGAGGACAGUGACGAUGAGGUCGACCUCUCUAAGUAUGAUCUAGUGGAUGAGAGCAAUGACGAAGAUAAUGCAGCCACUGACCAAAAGAACUGCAAUAUGGACCUCUCCAAGUACCCACUCCAACCUGACUAUCGUGAGAGUGAGAGCAAGAAUAGAACUCGAAAUCGAUCAGAGGACAAAUCUUCAGAUAGACAGAAACAGCACUCGUCUCACUCUCCGUCCAGUCGUUCUCGAUCCCCUCGUUCUAAACACAGUCGGUCAAGAUCUCGCGAUCGAGGAAGAAAGAGAAGUCGAAGUAGAUCUCGCAGUCCGAGACGCAAGAGAACCUCGCGUGGAUCUAGAAGCCGAUCCAAGUCUAGAAAUCGUCAGCAAUCUAAUUCCUCUGGAAGCGAUCGAGGAAAGGGUCGAAGGUCAUCUCGGAGCCGUAGUCGUAGCAAUGAACGAAGGAGGGAGAGACGUAAACCUUCUCGAGAAAGAAGCAGAUCAGUCUCUCGCGAUCGAAGGCGAUCCAAAUACCGUUCCAGAUCAAACAGCCGAGACAGGAGACGAAACAGGCGUAGGCGGUCUUGUUCCGGUAAUAGGAGUCAGUCGAGGUCACGUUCCAGAGAUCGUAGGAGGAAGAGGUCCAGUUCCAGAGAUAGAAGGAGAAGUCACCGGUCCCGUUCCAGAUCCAAAGAUCGCUAUCGAUAGCUGUGUUGAGUAGGUGUUGCGUUGGUAAUGGUAACAGGUUCCCGUAAUUAGACUAACUACUUGAUCUGUAUUUGAUAAUAAUUAUACCCACGUCAUAAUUAUUCCAAAAUCAACUAUAGUGCUGUUUGCCAUAAAUAAUUAUUACAAUGUAUAUACAGUAUUAAUGUGCGUGCACUUUUAAUACGAGAUUCUUAUUUUGGCCCAUCUAAUGUCUAGCUGCACUUUUGUUAAAUAAAUUGGCUUAUAGAAUGUUCUUUUUUCCAUAUGCACACACCUCAGAAUCAACGAUGACUCUUAGGACUCGUACGAUGUUCUAGUUUCUUUUUUGUUGUUUUUGGUUAUAAUUUAUUGUCACACAUAAUUAUUGUAUUGUACAUGUAUAAUACUGUGUUGCCUAUAGGCAUUUGGCGUAUAUACAAUUAAUUAUGAAUGACCAGCA